UAUUUAUCCAAUUUGGCAAUGCCUAAGCCUUCAAUUUUUUUUUGCAAUUGUGUUAAACUUAGCAAAUUGUGAUGUGUCUUGUAGUGGUAUUGUUAAAUAAUGAACUGGCUCAUUUGAGUUACGAUUUUGUCGUAAUUAAAAUCUCAUAAAUGUUGCGUGGAUCAAAUUAUUAAUAAAAAAUUAAAAAAUGAAUUAAUUGCUAACUUUUAUCAGAUAAUGUAGGGAUUGUAAGUUUGCGCCAUCUUUGAACAGAAAAAGAGGUGAGAAUAAAUAAAGAUGACAUCCACCUCUGCAAUGAAUCUUAAUUCUGUCAUGUCAGUCGAAGCCAACAUUGGCUGUUGGGACCUCCGCACGGGCGUCAAGCAGCUCCGCUACAAGCUCUGCGCCUCUCCGCCUCACGGCCUCAUCUGCGUAGGCGAACGGUUCCUCGCCUCCUCUCAGCUUCGCGAGUCUUCUUCCUCCUCUGGCUCUGUCCUGGCCUUGGUCCAAGCCGCAAGUUCAUGUCUAGAGCUUUCCAAAAGAACCGAUCAAUCCGCUUGCUGCGAACAGCGAAGGCACAUAGAUUGCUGGCGGAGGCUCGUCGGGGAAUAUCUACUUGUGGGAGGUUUGGAGCGUAGGAAGUCGGAGAUUAUUGAGAAAUAUUGUUUUCCCGACUAUAUUCCAGUUUGCAAUUUUCUUUGUUAUUCAGAUGAGUUUUCUUCAGUUAACACUUCUCUAAUUUUUAACUGUGUAUUUUUCGUUUUUUAAAGUAUAAUUGCCAAAGAUUGUUGCACGUUUUAAGAACCCUGCAUUCUACCUUUAGUUAUGACAGGCCUUGCAUUCUGGCGAACUGAAUCAAGGAACAUUCAUUUUGGUAUAUUUUUGUUUGGGCCCGAAAUAAUGUUGUUGGGCCGAGCAGAAGGUUGUGCUCGGCCCAAGGCUGUGUCAAAUACUAUGGGCCGAGUGAUAAAUUCCGGGCCGGUUAACAGGGUCGGUCGAGUCCUAUCCUAAGAAGGAGUAGUCCAGUUGGACAGAAAGGGUCGAGGAAGUCCUAGUGCAACCUGGAUUCCCUGCCGGCAGAGAAUGAAGCCUCGGAAGAGGGAAAAAUUCAAAGUCCUAGUGGGGGUAGGUUUGUUCGAAGUAAAGUUGGAACGAGACAAGGACUCCUAGUCCAAAUAAGGGUGCGAUUCAGUCUCAAGGAAUGGGGGCUAUAAAUACAAGAAAUCAUGCGAUGCAGAAGACCUUCGAUUCAACAUACAAUUGCCAUGCGCAAAGCCUCUCAUACAUCUUGAGAUUUUUUCCUUUUCUCUUCCGCCAACACACCUUCAGUUUGGAUAAACAGCACUGUGGAGGCACCCGGUGAACACCUUCAGUUUGGAUAAACAGCACUGUCGCCGUAGAAUCAGCCGACCGAAGCGCACCUUCAGUUUGGAUAAACAACACUGCGUCGAGGCCGACUGGUUACCUAUCUAAGUCUCGGCCGAGAAGGGUUUUCGAAUCCUUGUUGGCAGAGGUCACCUUGUUAGCUCUCUUGGCGAAGCAAGGUGUCACGAGUUCGUUAUUCGGCAUGCCGGACGCCGAGUGAUUUUAUGAUUGGAUACUCACAAGUGAGUUUCAGAGUUCGGCAUUCUGACGGCCGAACUACAUUCACCAUCAAGACCUACAUCACCUUUGAGUGCUUGUGUCCAUAUAGUCUG